AUGGCCAAAAAGGGUAAGUCGGCGCCAGCGUCACUGAAAGCGCUGCCUGUUCCUGAAGAUAAGAAGGGGAAUGCCAAAAACAGUAAGAAAGAUGCUUCCAGUAAAGCGAGCAAAGAUGGAGAUGAUGAUCCAAAGAAACCCGCUAGAGGAAUUGUGGUGGGGGAUAACUUUGGAUGGACAGGAAAGUUACCAGCCACAUUGCUUUACGAGCAUUGUCAAAAACAGAAAUGGCAAAAGGUUGAGUUUGAUAUGAUGAAGAAGCCCAAUGGGUUCAUUGGAAUAGUUCAUUUGAAAUGGGAGAACCCUAAGACCCGAGAAGUCAUCCAAGUUAAGAUGAUUCCUGAAAGCGAUUUGUAUACUCCACAGGAAACUACCAAUUCUGCUCGACACUAUGCUGCUACAUAUGUAUUGCACCGCAUCAAUUUUAUGAAGAACAUGAAGAUUAUGCUUCCGAGGUUAUUCCGAGAUUAUUGGGAAGAUAUAGAAAAGAAAAGACUUGAGAUACUUAAAUCGAACAAGGAGAAACAUGACUAUAUUUAUAAUGCCAAUCCUUUCCUAGUUGUUUUAAACCAAAGAGAGAAACAAGCAAAGUUGGAGAAGGAGAAGCAAAUUAAAGAGCAGAACGAACUGAAGAUCAAGAAGCCAACUAACAUAAUUGUCACCACUACAAAAGCCUUAGAGAAAUCUACUGCUAGUUCCAAUUCAAAAUCCAAUUUGAAAUCUAAAGCUAAUAGUGCUGCAAUUGUUAAACAAAAGACUUCCAAAAUUCCUUCUUUUCCUAAGAAAGUUUGGGAAAACGCACCGUUUAUCGACUUCCCAUCGGACUUACGGUUGUCGAUUGAAAAGUCUUUGAAGAAGCACAUUAAAUGGCUUGACAAUGUGGGGCCGAAGUCAGAGUCGCUGGACAAAUCCACCUUUGAGUUAUUAAAGUCUCUAGGGUUCAGAGAGCUGCAUAUCAAAGAGUCCUUCCAAUACACUAAUGCAACUUCAUUUGUGGACCCUUUAGAAUGGCUCAUCUUCCACAUACCAGAAGAUGAUUUACCACCGUUCUUUGCAAAGUCAGAUAAGGAUUCGCUAGCCCGAUUUAAAAUUGCCAAAGACUUGCAGUUUGAGUACAUGAUGCAAAGAUUGCAGUCGUCUGGCUUUGACAUUGACGAUAUUGUCUCGAUGUUGAAGGAAUAUAAGAAUGAUGAAUUGAUGACUGCAGUAGCAUUGACCCAGUCAUUAAUCAAUCAAACCCCAGCAUCAGGAGAAAUCGGUGUAUCAGAAGAAUCUCUUGAACUAUGGAACCAAGAGUUAGAGGGCAUAGAAACCAUAGGCGAACAUAAGAUUAGUUACCUUAGCAACUUUUCUAAUAAAAGAGUCAUAGAAAUAGAGUUGCAUCCUGAGAACAUCAAACAUGACCUAUUAAAGGUCCGAAUUUAUCUUGCACCCAAUUAUCCCUAUGAAGUGCCUGCAAUACAACUCAUAGUCAAUGACCCUUCUUUUAACCUUGCUAACUAUAUUAAGCUAUCUAUUUUACGCCAGGUAUUGCACUACUUGGUUGACAAUCACAUUAUUGGAGAUCUCAUGGUUUUCACCAUCGUUGAAUGGUUGGAGACCAAUAUUCAUCGAGUCAUAGAUAAUCCAGGGACAUUAGUGGAUAUUCAUGAUAAGGUGACUGAAGGAAGUAAUUCAACGGAGUCCAGAAUGAACACUACGACCACUACAAAUAUCAGUUCAAAUACCAACAAAUCAAAGAAAACAACUACUUUGCUGAACCACGAUUUAGCCUUGAUGAAGGAGAAGUAUGCAUCAAGACAAACUUCUCCCAAACUAAAGGAAAUGAUCAACCAAAGAACCAACUUACCAGCUUGGAAAAAGAGGGUUCAGUUAGUGGACGUAAUAAAUUCUAAUAGGGUAACAUUAAUCACAGGUGAAACAGGGUCCGGGAAAUCAACGCAAAUCGUCCAAUUUAUUUUGGAUCAUAUGAGCAGUCAAGGAAACUUCAGCUCUACUAUCAUAUGUACGCAACCAAGGCGUAUUUCAACUAUUGGUUUGGCUGAAAGAAUAAGUGAAGAAAGAAUCGACAAGGUGGGAGAAGAAACAGGGUACAUCAUUAGAGGUGAAAACAAAACCAGCAAACAUACAAGACUUUCAUUUGUAACCACUGGGGUCUUGCUUAGAAUCCUUCAGUCCUUUUUAGGCUCAGAAAAUGCUGCUACUUCAUCAUCAUCAAUUUUCAAUAAUUUGGAGUACGUUUUCAUUGAUGAAGUUCAUGAACGUUCAGUUGAUAGUGAUUUUCUUCUUAUUAUUUUGAAGAGAAUUUUAAAGCGAUUUCCCAAGUUGAAGAUUAUCAUGAUGUCAGCCACUAUCAACACGGAGGUGUUCAUGUCUUUCUUUGAAACUAAAGUUAACCAUCUCCACAUUGAAGGAAGAACUUUCCCUAUUCAAGAUGUUUAUCUUGACACUAUUCUUCAAGAUUUGGAUUACUCUAUGACUACUUUUGACGGGGAUAUCAUCAAACCCAAACCAGACUCUCACUUCUUCAAAUCUGGUAACAUCAACUAUGAGCUAUAUGCUCAGCUUGCCCACCAUAUUGAUAAGAAGUUGAGUGCAGAAGGCGACCAUAAUGGCUCCAUUUUGAUCUUUAUGCCUGGUAUCAUGGAAAUAAACCAGUGUAUUAAAGCCAUUGAGCGUGCUUUUGAUAAGCUGUCUUCUUUAUCAAAUUGCUGGUGCUUACCUCUUCAUUCUGCCCUUUCCUCUUCUGAUCAAAAACGGGUGUUCAGUUCUCCUAGAAACGGCAGCCGUAAGAUAGUUGUGUCAACUAACGUCGCGGAAACGUCCAUCACAAUACCUGAUUGUGUUGUCGUUAUCGACAGUGGAAGAGUCAAGACAAUGUACUUCAAUACGGACAUCAAUGCAACCAAAUUAGUGGAAGAAUGGUGUUCACGGGCCGAGGUUGGCCAAAGAAGGGGUAGAUCUGGGCGUAUCACUAAUGGUACGUGCUAUCAUAUGUACACUAAAGAUACGCAAGACGAUGUGAUGAAAGCCCAGCCAACACCAGAGAUCAAAAGAAUUCGUUUAGAGAAUUUGUACUUGAUGGUCAAAUCAAUGGGUAUCAAUAAGGUAGAGGAUUUUUUGAAUAGUGGAAUUGACCCUCCAGAACAGAAGUCGUUGACAGAAUCUAAGGACUUUUUAAUUCAGAUCGGAGCAUUGACGGAAUUCGAUAAUAGUCUUACUCAUUUAGGCAAGUAUUUGUCGUUUUUACCCACCGACCUUCAAUGUGCCAAACUCUUAAUCUAUGGAUGCUUGUUUGGGUGUCUUGAUAUCUGCUUAUCACUUGCGUCUAUCAGUUCUACAGGGAACCCAUUUAUCAACAACAUGGAAAAUAGAGACAAGAUAAAGUCCAUAUUGAAGAAGUAUUCCGACAGACAAGGUGACUCCAUUGCUAUGGCGAAUUUGUUUGCAGCAUAUGCCGAGUUGCAGAAGGAUGAUAAACUGCGGGCCAACAAAUUCAUAACCCAAAACUGUUUGUCUUAUUUAACCAUGAAAGACAUUGCAUCCAACAAAUCACAAUACGUGGCGAUUUUGAAAGACAUAAACUUUAUUCCUCAAGACUACAAUGAGCUGAACACUCAACACCACUUGUGGUUGAAUAAGAAUAAUAAAAACUACCCAAUCAUUCGUGCCGUACUUACUGGUGCCAUGUACCCCCAUCUCGCUCGUGUACAAAUGCCUCAGCCUAAAUUUGUUCAAUCUGCGGUAGGAGCAUUGGAGGUUGUCCCCGAUACCAAGGAUACAAAAAUAUGGAUAUGUAACAAGGACUUUGUGAGGAAAUUGAAGAAUAAUGACGAUAUGCAAGACACACUCCCAGGAACAAGGGCCUUCUUACAUCCUUCUUCAACCAUGUUUAUAGACUCAAGCAAGACCCUGAUGUCAGAUUUACCAAAUUACGAAGAAUAUCUAAAGGAAGACGGUACAGUGGAUACAGAGAAGGCAAAGGAAUUAUACAAAUAUCAACCAAAAAUAGACAAUGGUGCGGAUGGCCUUAAAACAUCGUUCAUUGUGUUUGGGAAUUCUCAUAUGUCGACUAAACUUUACCUCCGAGAAGUCACCCCCAUUUCCACUUUAGGAGCUCUUUUGUUUGGGGGAGAAAUUGCUUACGAUCUUUCAAGUUCUAUAAUGAAUGGCAAAAGCUCCCCUGGUAUUGUUUUAGAUUCGUGGAUCCCAAUUCGCACCUGGUGUAAGAACGGGGUUUUAAUUAAAAGAUUACGGUUGCUAGUGGAUGAACUUAUUGAAACAAUGCUUACGAAACCUGGGUCCAGACUUGACGAUUCAAAUGCAGACAUUCUUUCUGUGAUAGAACAAAUGGUAACAUCCACUUAG